AUGCUUUUUGUAGCAGGCCUCUUACUGGGGUUGUACAAUGAAGUAGUAAGUGCACAGAACUUUACAAGUGCACAGACAUCCAUUAUCAGUGAGCGACUGGCCCAGGGUGCAGUGCACAGUUGGGAGUAUGGAACACGCAUCGAGGCUCUGCUAGAACUCAAUGCGCCGACAUACUCCGUCAUGUCUUUCAACGCCAUUCCGCCUCCCCAUAGCAUUCCAUCCAAUAUAUCAAGUGCGCUAGGAGAAGUGUUCACGAUUGCGCACAACAUCGUCGCCGCCCGAAGCUUGUCCAAUAUUACUGGCCCCCAGCCCCUGAUCGCUGACACGAGCGCAGGAGAUCCAGCAAGCAUUGGAGUUGCCGUGUUACUUGCUAACUGGACGGGACAAGGGGCACUAGAUAGCCUAAACUACGCAGGGGCGGCGCAGGACCAACUUGACUUCCUGUUUCAAAACGUAUCCAGGACUACAGAUGGUGCCCUUUCUCAUAAAGUGGACCAAUUGCAACUUUGGAGUGAUUCUGUGUACAUGGUUCCUCCGUUUUUGGCGUAUUAUGGUGUCCUGACGCAAAAUCAGACCAUUUUGGGUGAGGCAUACACACAGAUUUGCUUGUACCGAAAGUAUCUUCGAGAUACGGCGGCCGGCAAUCUAUGGAAGCAUAUACAGCUUGGUCAGACAGGAGAUGAUGAUGGGCACUGGUCGACAGGUAAUGCAUGGGCGGCGGCAGGCAUGUUACGGGUCCUGGGGACUAUUCAACAUUCCCCGUACGAGAAUUCGCUCAAGAGUCAGCAGGACAACCUUGCCCAUUGGGUGUACGAGAUCCACAGAGCAAUGUUUUCCCACAUUAACUCCAACGGAUUGUUCUAUAAUUACGCUGAUAACAACUCCACGUUUUAUGAUGCCUCAUCGACUGCGUUACUGGCCAGCACGGUCUAUCGGUUGUCUCUCCUUGGCAAUAUCCACACAUACAUCCCACUCGCUGAACAGGUCCGCAAAGCGCUCUUAGCUUCUGCUGGCACUAUUGUUUCUAUAACCACUACCUCGACAACACCAGCGUCAAGUGCAACAUCCACCGCACUUUCCGGAACGGCUACAACCACGUCUGGCCUGCUCCACUUCACCCCGGAAGGAUGGCUCACACCUGUAGUGAAUCCCUACUCUUAUGGCGCACAAGGCUCCGACAGUCCAGAGGGACAAGCGUUUAUACUUGAGCUGCAGGCUGCAUGGCGUGACUGGGUAGCAGACGGGGCACAGGGUGCAAAUGACGCCCGCGAAGCUCGGCCUCGUGUCUUAAUGAUAGGGGUUAUAACGGUCUUGCACUGCUUAGUGAUCGUCAUAGGCUAG